AUGUCUGAAGGGUCAUCCCCGACAAAGCUCACAAAGAAGCAACAGAAGGCCGCCGACUUCAAAGCUGGCAAGUCAGGCUCUGCUUCAGGCUCAGGGUCUGCUUCCAAGGGAAAGGGAAAGAAGCGCGAUCGUCAGGCGACGGGAGGAGAUGUCCCCGAAGAGGACUUUCUGGGAGAGGGCGAGGGAACUGAGGUGAUGGGAGAGUCGUCUGCUGCUGCUGCUUCCCUGACCAAGGACAAGGUGAAGGAGAAGGAGGCAAAGAAGAGCAAGAAGGAUAAGACGGCCGCCGAUGCUGAUGGAGAAGGCAAGGAGGCCAAGAAGUCAAAGAAGAAGCGCAGUCGAGAAGACGAUGAAGAUGGACCAGCAGCUACUGAAGCGAAGGCGAGCAGCAGUAAAGCCAAAGACGCCAAGGCUGGCCCUUCCUCGACUAAAGGCAAGAAGAUGGCAUUUGAUGAAGAUGGCAAUGCCACGGCUGCAGCCACGGAGGAGCAAGUGGUAGAAGGUGCCAAGGGCAAGAAGAAGGCAAAGGAGAGUGGAGAGGAAGGAGGAGCAGCAAGGCGAUUGAUCGUCUUUGUUGGCAACAUGUCCUUCAAGUCUACCGCAGAUGAAAUCGCCUCCCACUUCAAGUCCCACUGCUCCGAAACACCCUCCGUGCGUCUCCUCACCACUCGCUCCUCAGCCAGCACAACCCUCUCCGCCUCUAAGCUCAAAUCCAUCGCCAAAGGAAAAGCCGCCGACACCACAAUCCGUUCCAAGGGCUGUGCCUUUCUCGAAUUCAAAACUGCUCCAGCUCUACAAAAAGCCCUGGGACUACACCACACUCUCUUUGGUGGACGCACAAUCAAUGUUGAACUCACUGCCGGCGGAGGGGGAAAGGGUGCUGGGAGACAGAAGAAGAUCGAGGAGAAGAAUUCCAAAUUGGAUGAGGAGAGGAAAAAGUUGCAUGAAAAGUACGUGGUACCUUCAUUGGAGGAAAAGAAGAAAAAGGGAGAAGAAAAGAGGGAGAGGGGUGAAGAAGUGGGUCCGCCCAGGAAAAAGAUUAGGAAAGGUGAUGAGGGAGAGGCACAGUGGGGUAAGAGGGGAGGAGCGGCUGCCCCCGCGACCGGUGCUGGUGCUGCUGGAGGUGCAAAGAAGCAGCCCAGAUGGAUGGCAAGUGGGGCAAAUGCCGUCAGACUCACUGGCUAG